UCUUCUUGUUGUGUUUGCCAGAUCAGGCAGGCAACGAUCAUUCAAUGAGGUUACUGUACUCUAUCUCAGCUGCUCGUCCGCAAGUAUGGAUUCCUGUUUUCUGAUCGCCGUGUUUGUCUUCGCUUUUAGUCUUUCCAAUGGAGAGAGCACGCUCAAGUUUGUCACUGUGCUCUAUCGUCAUGGCGACAGAUCUCCAAUCGAGGCCUAUCCAACCGAUCCCUACAAGGAGAGUGACUGGCCCCAGGGUUUUGGACAGCUCUCCCAGGAGGGAAAGAAGCAGCACUAUGAACUAGGUCAGUUUUUAAAGAAACGCUACAGAGGAUUCCUGAGUGAGAGCUAUAACCGGCAUGAGAUAUACAUCAGAAGCACAGAUCUUGACCGGACGUUGAUGAGUGCAGAAGCUAACCUGGCUGCCAUGUUCCCACCUAGUAGUUCUGAGGAGUUUAUUCCUGGUUUGAAAUGGCAGCCGAUACCUGUUCACACUGUUCCAGAGGAUAAAGAUUUGCUGCUCCCAUUCCCGCUAAGAAACUGUCCACGUUACAUACAGCUCAUGAACGAGACUGAAAAUUCAGACAUUUUUCAUAAAAUGACUGUCACUUACAAGACAUUUAUAGAAAUGGUGAGAAAUAAAACAGCACUGAAGACAGUCUCCGUUGAUUCUGUUUGGAUUGUCUAUGACACGUUGUUCUGUGAGUCAAAACAUGGGAAGUUGCCACCAGACUGGGUGACUCCAGAUGUGAUGGAAACGCUGAAGGUGCUGAAUGACUUUUCUUAUCAGAUUAUGUUUGGAGUCUAUAAGAGAAAGGAGAAGAGCAGACUUCAGGGAGGCCUGCUGUUAGAUCAGAUCAUUAAGAAUCUAUCUGCAGCAGCUUCAGAUAAUAAACAAAAAUUGAAGAUGAUGGUAUACUCAGCUCAUGACACAACAAUUGUAGCUCUGCAGGAAGCCCUGGGUGUCUUUAGUGGCCUGCAGCCACCUUAUGCCUCGUGUCAUCUAAUUGAGCUUCACCAGGAAGAGAAUGGGAUGUUUUCAGUGGAGAUGUUUUAUCGCAAUGACAGCACUGUUGAGCCGUACGCUGUGACUUUACCUGGCUGUUCCCAGCGCUGCCCCCUACAGAGCUUUGUGCGCCUCACACGUGACGUCAUACCACAAGACUGGAAUGAAGAGUGUCAGAUAAAGAAAGAAGCCACAGACAAUAAUAAAGGUGCUGUGAAGUGCAUCAUGUCCAUCCGGCAGAUCUUUAGCUCAUCACUUGAUGACUGUCUGAAAGGGAAGGACAUCCACUUUAGUGUUUCUGCACACCCACUUUAUUAAAGGAGUAUGGGAGUACAAAAAAUUACCUUCUCUAAAGAAGUGUUAUUGUAAUUUAGUUAAAAAUUUUCUCUGUGAUGUAUACCUAUUUUUAUUGAAAUAGUAUUGUUUAUUUCUCAUCUCCCCAGAAAUUUAUUAACAUAAAAAGGGAAGAUUGCGACACUGUAAACAAUGUAAUUCUGCAUAAUGCUCGGACAGUUUUUACUCAAACGUUUUUACUCAAACAUAGCAAAAGCUAUUCCACAGUCAUAUCUUUAAUGAAAAGAUAAUGUGACAUGUAGAGUAUUCCUCACAUCAUUACUGAUGUACACACACUCACACACACACACACACACACACAC